AUGUUGUUGUUCAUCACUUGUUUUGCGCUUGUUGCCUCCGCAAUGGGUUGUGGAAGGCCUUCAAUCUCUCCACAAGUCAGCGGGUACAACAAGAUUGUAAAUGGUGAGAAUGCCGUGCCUGGGUCCUGGCCCUGGCAGGUCUCACUUCAGGUAUGCCCGGGAUUCCACUUCUGUGGCGGAUCUCUGAUUAAUCAGUACUGGGUCGUCACCGCGGCUCACUGCCGUGUGUCUCCCAGAAGCCACCGUGUGAUCUUGGGUGAGCAUGAUCGUCAAUCUAACAGCGAGCCACUUCAGGUCAAGACCAUCUCCAGGGCCAUCUCGCAUCCCUACUACAACUCCCAGAACUUCAAUAAUGACAUCACCCUUCUGAAGCUGUCAUCUCCAGCUCAGCUAACUAGGACUGUGGCUCCUGUGUGCCUGGCUAGCUCCAGCACCAGCAUCCCCUCCGGCACCAGAUGUGUCACCACUGGAUGGGGCAGGACCGGCCAAACCUCAAGCCCUCGUUACCUGCAGCAGACCUCCUUGCCUUUGCUCAGCCCAGCUCAGUGCAAACAGUACUGGGGUUACAACAGAAUCACUGACGCUAUGAUCUGUGCUGGUGCUUCCGGAGUGUCCUCUUGCCAGGGUGAUUCUGGUGGCCCCCUGGUGUGCCAGAGCGGUGGAGCUUGGAACCUUGUGGGUAUUGUGUCCUGGGGUACCUCCAACUGCAACGUGCGCACCCCUGCUGUGUAUGCCCGUGUGUCGUAUUUGCGAAGCUGGAUUGACAGGACCAUCGCCUCCAAUUAA